GAAUCACUUUUAUUACCCUGUUUGAUCGCACCUCCAAUUACUUUGGCUCCGAUGGUUAGCUACAUUUUUAGUUUAGUCAUCGGUUUAAGUUCUUUAGUAUUAUUAACACGUUACGCACGAUUUAAAGUGUUUCCCCGAAUCACUUCCGAAGGUGGUAUCAGCUGUAGGGUACUUGCUGUUUUUUUCUGAAUUUGCUGCAGUAGACUGGAGAUCCUGCCUUGGCCCAGCAAAGAAACCUCCCGGGUGUAAUUGAAAGAUGGCCGGGAAGGGUCUGUUAAAAGCUCUGCAACUGAGCUCGCACGCCUUGGAUCAAGCCGAGGGGCGUGUGUCCCUGCCCGGCGUCUCCUUCGUCUCCUUGCACGACAUCCUGGAGCUGCAGGACCAGCCGGUGAGUGAGGAGCAAGCCUGGGCUUUGUGCUACCAGUUGUCCGUACUGCUGUCCGACGGCGGAGUCUACGGCCCCCGGAAGGCGCUCCGGCUCCGGGACACAGACGGGAUCCUGCUGACCGGCGACGGCAGCGUCCGCCUCAAACUGAACGAUGCGGAGGAGUAUUUUACCUUGGAGACUGAAGAUCAGGUUGUGGAUUACCUUGGACGACUGAUCUACUCCUGUCUGGACUGGGGUCUGGGCAACAAUGUGGAACGUGAGCUGAAUGCGAGUCUGGAAGGUCUGGUCUGCCAGAUGACUAAGGUCACCCUCGGCCAAAACAUGGAGGACUCCUUUCAGCCUGUGCGCACCCUCGCUGAGGUCAUCCAGAUCUGUAAAGACCGUCUGUACGACCCGGACCAGGCUGCGCACCAUUACAGGAAAGUGUGCUGCACCCUCUUCUCGGAGACUGUGGAGUUGUGCCGGUACCUCUACACCAUGCAGUGUGCCAGAGAAACUCUACAAAAGUUGGUCAUAGAACCAGAAACAAGAAGUGUGUCAAACUGGGUGUUUGCAUGGAAAACCCUGGUGGAUGAGCUGAGCAGGGGGGUGAAACUGAGGCACGUACAGGAGCGCCUGAAUAUGAGUGCCCCCUUGCCUGUGGAGCACUCCCCAUUCCAGCAGCUCUUGGAAGACAUCCAACACCGGAGAUUCAAGCUCCGCAAAGUCCAGACUGUCGAUAACAGACGCAAGUGGACGGAUCCACAUGGCUCUCUUCUGGAAUUUGUCCGUUCGAGGCCCAAACUCAAGCCUGCCUCUGAUCGAAAGUUGAACACCCGGCCCAAAGAGGAAGCUAGCUUACACGAGCUACUGAUGAAGGAAAUUCAGUCGGUGGACCAACAGAAACUGUUAUCCUCACAUAAAAGGAGGUUAGCAUGUAAAGACAACCCUGGCUCUCCCACAAGAUGCCAGAAGUCUGUGUUUGCAGAUUCCUCCUCUGAAGAUGCCUCCUUUCUACUCAAUCCCAUUUUGGUGCCUGAUCUUCUGGAAGACAACUGUGAGGAAGAUCUGCAUGAUGAGAAAUUGUUUCGGAAGAACAACAUAACAGUACUGGAACAGGAGUUGUUCUUCCCCGUGCUGUCGUCUUCGCCUAUGGACCCCCAUCACGGCUGCUCCAGGACGAAGCAGAGGUCCCGUUCCCUCACCAGCAACUUGAAACUGCAGCCUGUCCCUGGAAAGGUAGCUGUGCCUUUAACUAUUGCUGAGGUCAUCAAAGUGCGCCAAAUGGAGACAAGGGCCCAGAAAGCCGCAUCCCGCGACAGAUACAAGAACUGGAGGGUGUGUCACUGUUGCUCGAAGAGGAGUGUAUAUUUCACCUGGCAUAACAUGUGCUCCCUUUGCAACAAUGUUGUAUGCCCAGAAUGCUGUGUUGAGAUGCGGAUUCCCUUUAAGUGGUGCAUAAAUCUCCCAAUGAGCUUUUUCAAGAAGAUCGUGCUGAACAAGGACCAAGGCAAGAGCCAGUUCUGGAGGGAACGUUGGUCCUGGGACUGCUCCAGGGUUCCCCUGGUUCUGCAAUCUCAAGUGACGGCUUCUUGUCCUCCAACCAGCCUGGCCAUGAGAGACUGGCACAGCCAGGAUGUCUGCACAUCUUGCAAAGGCUACUUGGUGGAUGCUUGUGACACCGUGUUCAGGCUAUGUGCCAAGACCGGUGCCCAAGAGUGCUGAUACCGCCACCGUACCCCCCCACCACCCCCCGCCCGAUUGACCAGUUUGGUCGUUCCAGUUUCUUUUAUUGCCCUACCCUCACGCACCCCCUGCACCCUUUAAUGAACCACCAUCUUGUUUCAACACAAGUGGAUCAGUUUCGUUGUCUUAUUUCACUUUCAUUUCUGUAAAUAAUUAAAUGCCCCAUUCAUUUGGCACUUCCCAAUCAACAUUAACCCUUAUUCUACCCCCCCCACACUAGGUUUGCGCGUUUUAAAGCCUUAAGUGAUUUUAAGAUUGCUCGUUUUGUUUUGUGUUUUUCCCCAUUUUCAAAAAUGGAAUAAAUAUCUAUUGAAAGUUGAA